AUCACAUCCUUUUCGGUUCGGAGAUAGUGGGUCCGACCCAUAAUGCCAACAUUUCGCUAAACGGCCGUCAAAUCAGUAACGUCGACUAACGGCUCAUCCACAGUAGAGGGAACCCAAAUAAUUCAAAAACCGAAAUCCCAAAAACUGCGUCGUCUGCUAUUUAAUCCAAAGCCGCCUCAGGGCUCCCAAAUCCCGCCCUUCAAAAUUCCUCUCCCCUUCGGCACAAUCCGGCGAAAUUCAGAAGUUGCGCACCGGGAAGAUGGCCAAGGUUGCUGCAGCCGGUCAAUUGCCCAAAUCUAGUACUCUUAAUUUCGGCGGUGCGGCCUCAGUAGGCGGCAGCACUUUGAAGCGGAAAACACCCACCGAGUUAAGGGGAGAACUACUGAAGCCAAAGAACUUAGUGGAGCUUGCAGACGAAUCUCCAUCCAUUACUAGUUUUAUGAGGAAUGCAGAUGGAGCAGUUUCUAAGGCCAAGAAAUUGGAUUCAUCAAAAGCACCACGAUCCACACGGAUCGAUGAUCAUUAUCCAAUCACUAAAACAAGUAGGCUGCUUUCCAGAAAGGAAAAUUCUAAGGAAAAUGUUCCUAACAGGUGUGUUGGCAGUCUGAAGAGUUUCAGUAUUCUGAUGAAUUUAAAUGCCCAAAAUCAAAUGCAGAACUCAUGUCAGGGUGACAGUGUUGCUUCAGAAGGUGGGAAAGACUCUUCAAAUCCAAUUAACACUUUUAAGAGCGUUCGGGAGUUAUCACUGGGUGCUGAAAAUUUAAAUGGCUUCUCAUAUGUGGAUAUGGGUAAAGCUUUGAAAGGACUGGUAUCAUGUGACCCACAUGCUGCAUCAGCUCUACUCCCUGAGUCUAUUGAUAAGACAGGAAAAAAUAUGGCAAAAAGCUUUUGUUCGGAACUUCAUAUACCUGGCCACAAGAUUCCGCUAGAUUUGACUCUAAAAACUAGCAUGCGAUUGACGUCUUCGUUCCCUGUGAAUUGGUUUCAUCGACUUAUAAAUUGUGCCACCUUAAAUGACAUGGGACUAUUUUCAAGUGGUUGUCAAAGUCAAAGUAUGGCCUGCUCGCCAGAACCUACCUCUACUAGUGGUAAUUUUCAUUCUUGGGUGCACCCUCAAUCUACUCUACCUCGUGAAGUUAUAUCAGCACUGACCUCUGCAUCAGGAGGGCAAAUGGACUUCCUAAGUAAACGGCAACAGGCAUGGGAGGAUUCAUUUCGAUGUCUUUACUACAUGCUGCGGAAGAAAGUUAGUAAAAUGUUUUAUGUGUGUGGUGCGGAGUUUGUAGUUAUGUUCAUUGCAUCUGAUUCUCCAAAAGAAACUGAGUGCUCUUGCUACGCCUAUGUAUCUCAGUCAACGAGAAAUUUGAGGUCACUCCUUAAAGAACAUGACGUGUCUUUCUCGAUGCCUCUUUGCCGCUCUAAAGUAGAAGAAGUUACAGCAGAAGACCUUGUUGAACUUUCUCAAAUUGAAAAAUACAAUCUGGGGCAGACUCGAGCUACGGAGUCCACGGUUGAUGUUGAUAAAACCCCACAAUCUUUAUUGAUGUUUACUGGGAACAAGAAUGUACAUGCGUUGUAUGAUUUUCUGUUAAAUUAUAGAUCCCUUUUUGCAUCUUUUACUGGUGGUGAUGUUCCCAUGCUGUAUUCGCCAGUUCUUUUUGAAAAUGCCACUCUUUCUGCUCCGGAGGUGAAAUGCAAACAGACGAAGAAGGUCGACUAUACGGGUUCCCAGCUAAUGGGAUCUAAUAUUGAUAAUGAAUCUAAAAGCAGAUCAUCUCCUGCCAUGCACUAUAGUAUUGAAAUUAGAGAUACCUAUAUUCCGCCAUGGAUAGUUUGUGGCAUUUGCAAUUCUAUGCGCUCUAAUGGAGCUGAUUUUGAAGCCAGAUUUGUGACGAAGUCCUCUUCGAUUGGCUUGAAUAUUGGUCUAGACACAACAAAGGUCAACCCUCUUCCGGUAGCCGAUGCAGAGAAACUAUUGGAAGAAAGUGGUUAUUCUUUGGGCAUUCCAAACACAACUCUUUCACUUCAAGGACAUUCUGCCUAUGUACGAGAAUUGAAGUGUGGAGAUAGCUCGUACACAGCUUUUCUAUCGCCGGUUGAAUAGAUUAACGACGUUGUAACUUAAAAUUUCCAUGUCCUUUUUGGACUGACUUUCGCCUUUUGUAAGAAGUGUGUGAUGUUCAAUUCCAAUUUUGAUUUGUAUUAUAAGCUCUUCAGGCCUAUACAAUCUGCAAAAAAUGGGAGGGGGAAUUGUUUUUUGUAAUCUUUUCGAAUGCAGAUAGGCGAGUAAGAGUUGGGAAUUGAUCUCUGUAAAUACACUUGAAGUACUGUAAAAGAUCAACAACAGCUCAUUCAUUUGAUUUCUAUUUUGAGCUCUGCCAUUAUUUAA